CUGAGGAGAGAAAGUUGACGGUUUUUAAUAAGCCUUUCUCUGGUCUAGGAGGACUAGUGUGGAGGAAAGAAGCCGCAGGUUCGGGCAGGUGCAUAGACUGGCUAUGGUGACAGCAAGAUGUUGGCUAGGAAGAGCAUCAUCCCGGAGGAGUAUGUGCUGGCACGCAUCGCUGCGGAGAACCUGCGCAAGCCGCGCAUCCGCGACCGCCUCCCCAAAGCCCGCUUCAUAGCCAAGAGCGGAGCCUGCAACCUGGCGCACAAGAACAUCCGUGAGCAAGGUCGCUUCCUGCAGGACAUCUUCACCACCUUGGUAGACCUGAAGUGGCGUCACACGCUGGUUAUCUUCACCAUGUCCUUCCUCUGCAGCUGGCUGCUCUUCGCUAUCAUGUGGUGGCUGGUGGCCUUUGCUCACGGGGACAUAUACGCUUACAUGGAGAAAAGCCCCAUGGAAAGGAGCGGCCUGGAGUCUACUGUCUGUGUGACCAACGUCAGGUCAUUCACGUCUGCGUUUCUCUUCUCCAUUGAGGUUCAAGUGACCAUCGGCUUCGGAGGGAGAAUGAUGACCGAGCAAUGUCCUCUGGCUAUCACGGUUCUGAUUCUGCAGAACAUCGUGGGCCUGAUCAUCAACGCGGUCAUGCUGGGCUGUAUCUUCAUGAAAACGGCGCAGGCUCACAGAAGGGCAGAGACUCUGAUUUUCAGCCGCCAUGCUGUGAUCGCCGUCCGCAACGGCAAGCUGUGCUUCAUGUUCCGGGUGGGUGACCUGAGGAAGAGCAUGAUCAUUAGUGCCUCGGUGCGCAUCCAGGUGGUCAAGAAAACAACCACACCAGAAGGGGAGGUGGUGCCUAUUCAUCAGCUGGACAUUCCGGUGGACAAUCCCAUCGAGAGCAACAACAUCUUCCUGGUGGCCCCUUUAAUCAUCUGUCACGUGAUUGAUAAGCGCAGCCCCCUGUAUGAAAUCUCAGCGGCUGACCUUGUCAGUCAAGACCUGGAGGUCAUAGUGAUUCUCGAGGGCGUGGUGGAAACCACGGGCAUCACGACGCAAGCGCGCACCUCCUACAUCGCCGAGGAGAUCCAGUGGGGGCACCGUUUCGUGUCAAUUGUGACUGAGGAGGAGGGAGUGUACUCGGUGGACUAUUCUAAAUUUGGUAAUACGGUGAAGGUGGCUGCUCCACGAUGCAGUGCCCGCGAGCUGGACGAGAAGCCUUCCAUCCUGAUUCAGACCCUCCAGAAGAGUGAACUGUCGCACCAGAAUUCCCUGAGGAAGCGCAACUCCAUGAGGAGAAACAACUCCAUGAGGAGGAGCAACUCCAUCCGGAGGAAUAACUCUUCCCUCAUGGUGCCCAAGGUGCAGUUCAUGACUCCGGAAGGAAACCAGUGCCCAUCAGAAUCAUGACUGCAGGAUGACCCUUAGGCCGACACUCACCGGGUUCUGAUGACUGACAG